CCUCCCCUCCCCAUUGAUAUACACUUCUCAACCAAUCCCCUUCAAGGCAAAUAGGAAAAGGAAAAGGGGAGGGAAAAAGAGAGAGGAGUCUCGCACGCGUGCGCGCAGAGACUAGCGUUAUAAUGCCGCAUGCGCCCUUUACAUUGACAGCGAAGUUGAGAAAAGCUGUGUUCUUAAUGACGAGCGGGGCAUCUGAUUGGUUAAUAAUUCUUUCCAGCUUUUUGUGAUUGGCCCACGCUUUCCGCGGUUUAGGAUGAUUCUUGUUAGUGCCUUUCUCUUUUCGAAGGCUGGGAUCGUUCAUUGAAGAAAUGGACUGGGAUAAGUUUGACAUGAACCCCAGAGUGAUUGCAGCUAUUAAAAAAGCAAAUAUAACAUCAAUUAAAGACAUUUUUCAUCUUUCGGGAUCAGAUUUGCAAAGGUUAACAAAGCUAUCCAAGACAGAUGUACAAUAUCUACUAAGAACAAUUUCUAGUACUUUGAGAAAAAAUUCUGUUUUUACAGCACUCCAGUUAUUUCAAAACAAAGCCCCGAGCUCUUCCCAAAGGCAGAAGCUGAGUCUAGGUUGCCCAGUUCUAGAUGGCUUGCUCCAAGGUGGAAUUCCCCGUACAGGAAUUACUGAAAUUGCUGGUGAAAGUUCUGCUGGGAAGACUCAGAUUGCUUUGCAGCUAUGUCUUUCUGUGCAGUAUCCAUACACAUAUGGUGGACUAGAAUCUGGUGCAGUUUACAUUUGCACAGAAGAUGUUUUUCCUAAUAAACGUCUGCAGCAAUUGAUUGAGCAGCUGCCCAUAUUGAGGAGUGAUGUUCCAUCUGAGGUGAUGCAGAAGAUAAAAUUCGGAAACAGAAUAUUUGUUGAACAUGCAGCAGACUUGGACACUUUCCAUGAGUGCAUUACUAAGAGACUUAGCUUGCUGCUCUCAAGAGGCAUGGUGCGGCUAGUCAUUAUUGACUCCAUUGCUGCCUUAUUCAGAUGUGAAUUCAGUGCUACAGAUUCUCUCCUGAAAGCUAAAUAUUUACAGAGAUUUGGGGCAAAACUUCAUAGAUUAAGCUGCAGGUUCCAGACCCCCAUCGUAUGCAUUAAUCAGGUAACUGAUGCAAUGAAUGAGAAGGAAGAUGCUGUUUGGAAUACUCAAAGCUGCUCAGCCAGGACUGUUGUUCCAGCACUGGGAAUAACUUGGUCUAAUCAGCUGUUGAUGAGAUUGAUGGUGUGUCGCAUUGUAAACCAAGCACCGACUAGUGGAGAAACAUUGUAUAGUAGAAGUGAGCUACGAAUGUUAAGAAUUAUUUUUGCUCCUCAUUUGCCUCAGUGUUUUUGCUAUUAUACUGUAAAUUUGGAAGGUGUAAAAGGAAUAAGGAAAACGAGUCAUGAUUAUGAAAAAACGUAAAGCAGGUUUUUUUACCAUUAUUUCAGUAUAAAAUGGAGCUAAUAUAUUAAAAAUCCUCAAUCUGUUCCUGCUGUUGUAUCAUCCUAUUUAUCUAUUGCAUUAUCCUGUCUGCUCAGCAAAGUAUUAUUUGAUCUGGAUUGUGCUCUCAGAAUGAUAACAAACAAUAACUUGAACCCGUUUAAACUACAAAAAACAGAAAACCUCCGUUUAUAAAAGAAUUCCCUUUAGCAAUAUAAAACAUAUGUAACAAACAUCUGAUAAAAUAAUUUUGAACUGAAAAACCUUUGAAGGUUAAGCUGUAUUUCUAGAAAGGAAAUUCUCUGUCAGCAAUUACAUGUAUUCAACAGGACUAACAUGCUGAAUUGACAGUGCUUAGGCUGAAAUAAUAAGUUACGAGAUCCAUUUAAACAUGCUGCACUCUUUUAAAGUCAGGGUAGACUAUUAAUGGUGUGAUGCAAUUUAUUUACAUGGCUAGGGAAUUUUUUUCCUGGGGAGAUUUAGUUGGGUCCCAUGUUUACCUUUAAGCUGACAAACCUAAAAAUGUCUUUUUAAUUUUUUUUUUUUUUUUUUGCUGUUUUCUUUUAAUUUAUGAAGAAAUAUUUAUAUUCUUCCUGUGCACUAAAUGUAAAAUAUAUAACUUCCACUGCAGUCCCUACACAGGAAAAAAUAUUUUUUUUUAAUUUCUAAAAAUAAAAAAUAUAAAAAUACACAAGAACCCCAAGAGAUGAAACUUACUAGAUUAAGUCCCCAUGACCCCUAUCUUAGGAGGAAAAGAUAAUAAGACUUAAAUGUCCAUAUUUAUUUACUAUUUAUUUAAAUGAUUUGUGUGGCUGCCCAAUUUGCAAUUCUGGGCAGCUUAUACAUGGCUAAAAACAUUUUAAAAAAUCCUUCACAGUAGAGAUUAAUUAAGGCCAAAUCCCAAUGAUUCCAAUUAAAAGUCAUUUCAGAAUGAGCUUAUCCAGCAUUGGCUCAGUACUUGGGAGAAAAACAACUUGUCAAGGUCUUUUGGAAAGCCAACCGAGUUGGGAUAAUCCAAAUCUCGUGGGAAUAUAAUUCCAUAGGGCCAAUGUUGUAAACUUUCUAAAUCCUGAUAGAUGACACUAUUUUAGAGAUACUCUGCUGAUUAAACUUCACUUAUUCCCAUAUCAUUGUCAAAUAUUGUGCCUAUAUACUUAAGUUGGUUAUACACUUUCUCCAGCAUCAUAUUUUGGGAGAUGUUUUUCCUAAUGCUGUAAUUAAUUUCUACAGUUGCCUGAAGAAUCUUCUCAAUUCAAUUUAUGGAUGAUUAAAUGGAGAAUAUGAAAGUUUUCCUUCACUUUGUAAAAGAUUUGUCUAGAAAUCUUUUAUUAUACUGUAUUUAAACAAAGAUUUCCAUUUAUCAGUGGAAGUCCUGUUCAAAUAAUAUUUAGCCUAGUUGAUCCUAUUUAUUAAGACAUCUUCAGAUCGCAGCGUUUGAUUAGUAUAUUGCAUACUUUCCAGUAGAUUGUGAAAUUAUUAAAAGGGGCGUUGUCUUACCUGAACGCCUUUUCUGAGCAGGAUGAUGUAGAAUCCACUGGAUGGAUUGUUACAGCCUUCCUGCUCAGCAGACUAGGUCAGAACUUUGGCUACGCCUCUCCUUUGGGCAUGUCUCCCCAGUUUUGACGAGGCGAAGCAGCUCUGACGAAUUCAACACAAUGGCUCCAUCUGUCAUAACACCUGCCUAGACUACCUACAUGGGAGGGUGUGGAUUCUACAUCAUCCUGCUGAGAAAAGGCGUUCAGGUAAGACAACGCCCCUUCUCCAGCAGGAUGACUGUAGAAUCUACUGGAUAGGACAUACCAAAGCUGCUCAUGUCCCCUCGGGAGGGAGAGUCUAGGCUUGCGAACCCUGAGAAGAAAUGACCUGUUGAAGUACACGCCUGCCAAAUGCAGCAUCAGCCGCUGCGAAGGCAUCUACCCGGUAAUGUCUGACGAAUGCCGAAGGAGAAGACCACUGAAGCCUGCGUGGACCAUGCAGCCGACGCGGCAGCACUUCGUGUCGAAUGAGUCGUAACAUGCGAAGGGACAGGAAGUGACUGAGAAGAGUAGGCUCGAGUUAUACAUGCCCUAAUCCACCUACCUAAGGUUGAAGAAGAAACCUUCUUCCCUAUGGCCGAAGGUUGGAAAGAUACAAAUAGGGACUCCGACUUACGUAAGGAUGAAAUAUGCUUCACACAGUAACACAGAGCCCUGUGUACAUCUAACUUAUGCCACUGUCGUUCCAACCUGUGUGUGGGAUUGGGACAGAAAUUGGGAAGGAUUAAUUCCUGAGACCUGUGAAAGAUAGUGUUAACCUUUGGAACGAAUGAGGGAUCCAGUCUAAGGACCACCCUGUCCUCGAAAAAGGUGCACAAAUUAGCGUGGCUAAUUCCGAAAUCCUUCUAGCUGAGGUAAUAGCCACCAGAAAGGCCAUCUUUAAGGACAGGAAUUGGAGAGAGCAUGAACUGAGAGGUUCAAACAGAGGUGAUAUCAAAGCCUGCAACACCUUGGUUAAGUCCCAAGAUGGAUAACGAUGUACCACGGGAGGUCUGGUGUUAACCGCUCCCUUUAGAAAGGCACUGAUCGCCGGAUGUUGCGACAAGGGACUGGAAUUAUUGCAGGAAAGAACCAUUGACAGGGCCGCUAGUUGUCUACGGAUAGUGCUAGAUGACAAACCCUUAUUCAAACCUUCCAACAGAUAAUCAAGAAUAUUUGGAACAGUGACCGAAAGUGGUUCCAACUUUUGUAUAAAACACCACUUGCAGAAUCUCUUCCAAGUGGCGUCAUAGAUCCUAUUCGUCGAAGGGCGCCUCGAUGCUUGUAUCAUCAAGAUCACCCCAGACGAAUACGACUGCCUGGCUAAACCUUCCUGCUCAAGUGCCAAGUGGCUAGCUGGAGCCACUGCGGGUCGGGAUAUAGGAGGUUGCCCUGACUGAGGACCACUCGGUCCAGAGGGAUUCUCCACGGAGGUGAGAUCGAAAGAUCCACAAGGUUGGCAAACCACAGAUGCCUUGGCCAAUGUGGAGCAAUCAAGACUACCUCUGCUCCUUCCAGAAUCAGUUUGCAUAUGGUUGCUGGUAACAGAGGAAGUGGCGGAAAGGCGUACAGGAGCUGCGCCGGCCACCGACAUUGGAGGGCAUCCGUUCCCUCCGCUCCCCAUGUCGGAAACCUUGAUAUGAACCUGGGAAGCUGCGUGUUUGUCGGGGUGGCAAAUAAGUCCAGGUGAGGUCGCCCAAACCUCAAUGAGAUCUCCUCGAACAGAGUUGGAUCCAGUCGCCAUUCUGCAUGG